AUGAAAUUUUUAAUAGCAAUAGAUGGUAGUGCAAAUUCUCAUAAAGCAUUUUUAAAGGCAAUGAAUUUAUACAAAGAAACAGAUACAAUUGUAUUACUUGUAGUUGUAGAUUUAGUACAUUAUAUGAUGUCAAAUACAAACUUUGAUAUGACAUUAAUUUCAGAUAUUAAACAAGGAAUGUUUGACAAUGGUGAUGCAUUAUUAAAGAAAUAUGAAGAUUUAGCAAGAAAUGAAUAUUUAAUUAAUAAUGUAGAAGCAAUACGUGUUGAGGGUACACCAAAAGAUAUUAUAGUUAAAGUAGUUGAAGAUAAAUCCAUUGAUGUUUUAUGUCUAGGUCGUGUUGGUCUUAUUAAUAAUGAUCAUAUAACAAUGGGUUCAACUUCAAAUUACUGCAUUAGAAAUUGUAAUUGUGAUAUUUUGGUUUGUCGUUAA